GAUUCUGCCUUCACAAAGUCAAGUUUGUGAAAGAUUCUGCCUUUUUGUGCGGUACUACUGGAAGCAUCUGUGCUACCUUGCAUGGUAGCGGACCCCUCGGUUCUGCAACCAGGGCUCAAGCUGGUCGCGCGGUUGCAAGGAGCGGCCUGCCAGAGGAGUGCUCUGCGUGCGACGAACGCACAAAGGCAAACAGGCCAGCUGCGGCCAAGUUUGCCCAACAGCGUUUGGGCCAGAGGAAACAGAGGUUCAAGCCAGUGAAGUCGCACCUGACAGCCUUUAUCAGGCGGUUCCACGACCUAAGAAAGAAGAACGAAACAAGGCCUUUCCCAAAGGUCAAGCCAGAGGAAGUAGACGCACAAGAGGACGAAGAAGAAGAAGCCGACCCAGGUAGCGAUGUCGACUUCAGCGGAGACGACCCCAGUUCCGGGGGGGGACCUGCAAGUCAGCCUCAGCAACAGCAGUUGUUGCGUGAGUUGGCUCAAGCAAGAGCGGCAAUUCAGACCUUGGCUGGGCAGGUUGAAGCUCAGCAAACGCAACUCAACCAAAUGAGUCAGGCCAGAAGAGAUUCAAGACUGUCGGACUUGAGCGGGAUGAUCCCCGCAAAUGAGUGGCUGAGGGUGUCAAACCAGGGUGCAUCCUCAUCCUUCAACCCCAUCGUGGACACCCGAACUUUGGGGAAACCAGAGAUCUUCAAGAGCGACCCAUCCGAGUACUGUGAUUGGAGCUUUGUCCUGAAGAGCUACUUGGCGUGCAUCUCGCCUGACUACAUAGAUCUUUUGGACAGGAUCGCUGGUGAUAGGAAGCUGUCAACUCAGCUGUGCUACAUCCUGGUGAUGUUGGUGAAAGGCAGGGCCCUGGACGUAGUUCAGAACACAGGUCCUGGUGAAGGUGCUGAGUCCAUGAGACGGGAAGAAAUGUUUCACCUCCGUGUAGCCAGUCGGUUCGUGGGCACACUCAGCCUAAACCUCAGCACCAGAUUUUCUGGUGACGAUCCCGAAGCAGAAUUGGAAGCCUUCGAGAAAACCAUCCGGAGAUAUGAAGAAGAAAGCAGCAAAAGCAUUGAUGACGAGAAUGCCGUGCCGCGGAAAAGCAAAAAGGUCGAUGAUGAGCCAGAACCCUUAUCAGCAGCCGUGGAUGGCACUUUGCCAGAUCUGAUAGCUGCACUCAGCGGUUCCUGCAAACACGUUUUGGUUGACACUGGAGCCGGGUCCCCUUUGUUUGAAAAGAAUUUUGACCCAAACGCCACUACCAAAACCAAGGGCUCAAGUAGUGGCAUGGUCACUGUAACAGGGGAAACUGUGGACACCGGUUUCAAGAAGAAAAGUGUGAUUGCAGUGAACAAUGGUACGAAGUUUUCGGUUGAAUACUUUGAAUCAGACAAGAUCAAUUUCAGCGUUUUGUCAGCUGGUCAAGCUGCGCGGCCAGCAGCCAAAACAGUGGCUGCUGAAGCCUACGCUGAGGAAG